AUGGCUAACAUCGUCAGCUGCCGGAAGAAGUCACGAAGUGGUUUAGUUGAAGAGGAUGAAGUAGGAAUUAGCAGAAAGGAAGAUAGGAUCAGCUUAUUACAUGAAUCCUUGCAAUGUCACAUACUUAGCUUUCUUACGACUCAAGAAAGUGUUCGUACAAGUGCUUUUUCCUCUGCAUGGAGACAUCUCUGGAAAUACUUUCCGAGAUUUAGAUUAUGCAGCUUUGAUAUCCCAAAUGACGAAGUUGGUGUGGAUGUCAUCGACAAGUACUUUAUGAAUUUCCAGAGUGAAUCAUGCUUGCAUGAAUUCGAUUUAUGCAUUUACUCAGAGCACACAAAAAAAGAUGCCUCUCUUUAUGAGUCGUGUCUCGGUAAAUUGAUCAAGCGCAAGAUUCAACGUUUCAAAGUCGAGUGGUUUAGGGACAUGGCGAUAUCCUUAUCAUCACUUCCUGUGUGUGAGACGUUGGUAUCUUUAAAGCUCCUUGGCGUAAAGCUAAAUGAUUUUGGGUCUCUCUCCUUUCCCUGUCUCAAGAUUAUGAACUUGCGUUAUGUUACGUUUCCAGAGCCGCUAGUCCUUGAUACUCCGAGGCUUGAGGAACUGAUACUUAGAAGUUGCGAAUUCGAAUUCAAAAGCUUCAAGAUAAUCAGUAUGAGUAGCUCUGUCAAGCUCGAUCUUGAUGUCGACUUUGCGCUGAAGCAUUAUGACUUAUCGGAAAGAAACAUCAUUUAUAAUUUUUUCAACAAAUUUUCACACGCUAAAAAUAUGACUCUCUCAAUGGAGACUCUUGAGGUAAAUAUCUAUUAUUUACAUCACAUGAACCCACUACCCAAAUUUCAUGAUUUGACCCGUCUGUGUGCUUCUAUGUCCUUAAACACCUCAGCUGAAAUAUUGCCAUUCGUUCUUGAGAGCUGCCCGAAUUUGAAACACUUGAACUUGGAAUUAGUUAAAAGUUAUACAGAGGAAGACGCAGAGGUAGACACUAGUUUUCCGAGUAAGCUGCCUUCUUGUUUGGUGUCGUCACUUGAAUGUGUUGAAAUAAUAAGCGAUAUCACGGAGGAAGCAAGAGAACGGAAAGUGGUUAGAUACUUUCUUGAUAACGCCACAAAACUCAAGAAGCUUGUUCUUCGUUUGUAUGUGUAUGGAGAGAAGCCACACAAUUUUGGUCUCUUGAAACAACAAUUUGACUCUCCCAGACGCUCUGGUUUUUGUCACUUUGAAGUUCUUCCAAUGGUUUGA